GGGUACAACUGGAAGAUAAUAUAGUGGAAACGAAGAGUAAGUGGGGUGCUUAUCGGGUGGUCUCAAGGCGUAUAUCGAGAGCAACGAGGUUGUCUGAAGUUCGCACAGGCUGGUGAAAUCAUAGAAUUCGUUGAGCCGUACAGUGUGGUUCUAUGCGAACGCAGAUUUGGCUAGUCUAUGGACUGUAGGUUGCGUGUGAAGAUUAUCUGCUAGGGAUUUCGUUCCGUCCGUACAUCUUCGGGACAAAGUAAGGGAAGGGAUUCUCCAUCUCUUGGCUGCUAAGGCGGCUCGACUGUACGUACCGCUAUCAUUUAUACGUCUGUCAGUUUAUUAUAGGAUCUUAGCGCGAAGAGAACAGAACAGUUUUCGUCGAAUCACCAUAACCGUGUUUACCCACAGCACCCUUGCGCGUGAAUUUCGUGCUUCUCCCGAGCGCUCGACCUAUGCUCUCGUGUCCAAAUCACCCUUAUGCCAGUCUUCGAUACGUACGCUUCGUCGAUGCCAUCUCGAUGAUCACUGUUGUGGGCUUCAUGGCGCCUGCAUAGCACUGAAGCCUUUGCAGUUAUAUAACCGAUGGCACUUUGCAACUUGUUCUUCAACUUACCCCUGAUUACCUUCCUUGAUCUGCUCAGCUAUGAGUAUCACGCUUGAAAUGACACCGAAGAAAAAGGCUCUUCUUAUUGGUAUCAGUUACAAGGAACUCAACAGAAAAUAUAAGGAGAAGCCAGUCGGCCGAGAGCCUGGCGAAAUUCUCCAUGAGGCUCACAAGAACGCUAGACAUGUUAAGAAGCUGCUAAUCGCAACGCUUGGCUUUCUCGAGGAAAAUAUCGUCAUGAUGUGCGAUAAAAGUUCCUUUACCGAUGACCUCAUGCCAACUCAGGCCAACAUUCGGCGCGAGAUCGCGCGCCUAGUAGAAGGAGAUUAUCUAUUCUUUUCUUAUUCUGGCCACGGUGAGCAACGGGAUG